GUCACGUUGGGGGAGAAACCAUCGUUGCAUCAUCGUCGGAAGACGACGACAACAUUAUGCAUCUGAUGAACGCGGUGGCGCUCGCGUCCAUGGCCGCCGUCAGGAAUGGUGGCGGUGGCGUGGACGGCUCUGCGGGCGCCGAGAUCGAAUUCGGCACGGUUUUGUGGUUCGCCUACGCUGGCUUUUCCUGCAUAUUGGUUCUGUUUGCGGGGAUAAUGUCGGGCCUCACGCUGGGAUUAAUGUCGCUAAGCCGUGUCGACCUCGAGAUCCUCGAGCGCAGUGGCUCCUCGUCGGAAAAGAAACAAGCUGCAAAAAUACUUCCUGUGGUUCAGAAGCAGCAUCAGCUUCUUGUGACAUUGCUUUUGUGUAAUGCUGCUGCCAUGGAGGCACUUCCAAUAUAUCUGGACAGAAUUUUCAAUCAAUAUGUUGCCAUUAUACUCUCUGUGACUUUCGUUUUAUUUUUUGGGGAGGUUAUUCCUCAAGCCAUAUGCAGUAGAUAUGGACUUGCAGUAGGUGCAAAUUUAGUUUGGCUUGUACAGAUUCUGAUGGUUAUCUGCUACCCCGUUUCAUACCCUAUUGGAAAGAUUCUCGACUUUGUUUUGGGACAUGAUGAAGCACUGUUUCGACGAGCGCAGCUGAAAGCCCUUGUCUCUAUCCACAGCCAGGAGGCUGGCAAAGGCGGGGAACUCACUCGUGAUGAGACAACAAUUAUCAGUGGGGCAUUAGAUUUGACUGAGAAGACAGCUGAAGAGGCCAUGACACCAAUUGAGUCCACAUUCUCUUUGGAUGUCAAUUCAAAGUUGAACUGGGAAGCAAUGGGAAAAAUAUUGGCACGUGGACAUAGCCGAGUUCCUGUCUACUCAGGGAACCCAAAGAACAUUAUUGGACUUCUAUUGGUAAAGAGUCUUCUGACGGUGAGAGCAGAAACAGAGACUCCAGUGAGUUCAGUUUCCAUUCGAAGGAUUCCACGUGUCCCAGCAGACAUGCCCCUGUAUGACAUACUCAACGAGUUUCAGAAAGGCAGCAGUCAUAUGGCAGCUGUGGUGAAGUCCAAAGGAAAACACAGAAGACCCCUGUCUAUAUCCGAGAAGCCCGUGGAAAGAAAAUCUGAAAAUGGAGAUUCAGACAUAACUGUUCCAUUGCUGUCAAAUAUAGAAGAAACACUGGAUACUGUUGUUGUUGAUGUCGAAAGGACCCCAAGACAUGCCACUAAAACACAUAAUGAUGCAGUUGUUGAUGGAUUCGCCCCUUCAGCAGAAGAAUCCGUAGAUGGUGAAGUUAUUGGUAUUAUCACCUUGGAAGAUGUAUUUGAAGAACUUUUGCAGGAGGAAAUCGUCGAUGAAACAGAUGAAUUUGUUGAUGUCCACAAUAGGAUACGUGUGGCAGCAGCUGCUGCUGCUGCUUCAUCAAUAGCUCGUGCACCAUCAAGUCGAAGGCUAAAUUAUGUCCAUAAAGGAGUUGGAGGCCCGAAUAAAUCAGGACAAACCCCCAGGAAAUUCAACGAGGAUGAUUCUGCAUUUAAUAGGAUUGUAAAGAAUGAAGACAUCCAGAUUCUGCAGAGAAGUACUAUAACUACGAGUAAGGAAUGAUGAUUGAAUGUUGUGCAGUUUUUCAGACCCACCUCUGAUAUAUGUAAAUUAUUUUUGUUUCUGUUUUUACCCAUUUUUUUUUUGGCUGCAAUAAAGUAGAAUCAGAUUUUUCUGGAGAAGACUUUCUUGAGCCACCUUUGUUAGUUAGAAGCCUAAGUUAUGUUCUACUUAAACUCAUUUGUAUUCAAUAUAUACCAUAACUCAUUUGUUUCAAUAUAUACCAUAACUCAUUUGUGAUUGAUUGCGUCGACAAG